AUGAGAGAGACAGCAUUAUGGCAAGCUUUUCAUUCAUCGUCCUUGAAGACAGACAUUGUUCCAUUAAGGACAACGAAGUCAAUUCAGGGUGGAUCUCAAUGGUGACCCAACUCAACGCCCUUGACAGUCCAGAGUCAGAGAGUCAGAACGUCCAUCAGAGCUUUCCAGAGUUACUUGGCGACAAGUACCACUACACGAAUGCCAUUGACAGCUCUCUGCUCUGGACUAUUGGGUACACCCCCUACAUUCCCCCAGCUCUGAAAGGAAGAAGCUUCCCCUCUGUCAAGAGCUUCUUCCUGGAUGAGUGGGAGCCACUGACACUCCUGCAGACUCCUCAGGUUCUGUCCACCAGUGUUUCCAUCGAGGAAGACAACCUGAUCCAGCCUGCUGCAGGCCUAGUGUCUCAGGUUCUGUCCACUAAUGUUGCCAUCGUGGAGAAUGACUUGAUCCAGUCUGCUGCAGGCCUAGUGUCUCAGGUUCUGUCCACCAGUGUUUCCAUCGUGGAGAAUGACCUGAUCCAGUCUGCUGCAGGCCUAGUGUCUCAGGUUCUGUCCACCAGUGUUGCCAUCGUGGAGAAUGACCUGAUCCAGUCUGCUGCAGGCCUAGUGUCUCAGGAUCUGUCCACCAGUGUUUCCAUUGUGGAAAAUGACCUGAUCCAGUCUGCUGCAUGCCUAGUGUCUCAGGUUCUGUCCACCAGUGUUACCAUCAUAGAGAAUGACCUGAUCCAGUCUGCUGCAGGCCUAGUGUCUCAGGUUCUGUCCACCAGUGUUACCAUCAUGGAGAAUGACUUGAUCCAGUCUGCUGCAGGCCUAGUGUCACAGGUGCUGUCCACCAGCAUUUCCAUUGUGGAGAAUGACCUAAUCCAGUUUGCUGCAGGUCUAGUGUCUCAGGACCUGUCUACCAGUGUUGUCAUCAUGGAGAAAGACCCCAUCCAGUCUGCUACAAACCUAAUGUCUCAGGAUGAUGACUCCACCCUGAGAGCCUCCAACCAACCUGAGGUCCUUGUGGCUGAUGUCUCAACCAAGAGAAGUAGACUAGUCAUGACUAUUUCUAUGGUUUCAACCAAGAGUUGCCUUGUUGCUUUACAUGAAGUUGAUGCUAGUGCUACAAGCCUGGAGCAAUCUGCUGAGAAAAUGUCUACCUCUACUACUGAUGUCAACGACAUCUCAACUGCUGCUUCCAAGAAGAAGAAGAGGUGUGGAUUAUUCUCAUCUCUCUGGAGAGCUCUCAGGUGGAAGAACAAGAAGCCUGCUAAAGUGGCUUCCAAGAAGGAGGACAUCUAGGUGAGGACACUCACUGCUGAAGGCACCCACAAUGAUGCUUCUGUUUCUCCUCACCCC